UUAAUUUAAAUCACGUAGAUAACGCAAACACAGUACGGAAGACUUGGGAGAUGCGUACGGAAGUCAACAAACACGUGAAGUGAACGUGUGAGGCGACGUGGUCUGCUCCAAGUGCUCGGCCACCUAGCGUCGGCGUCUGGUAGCGUGCUCGUAUCUCAAAUCUUUACUUGUAUCUCAAAGCAAAAAUUUGCUCGAAGGCUUGCUCGUAUCUCAAGGUACUACUGUAAGUAUAUGAAGUGACUGUGACUAAAUGUAAUUUUAAACCUGUUUACUUAAAAUCACAAAAAAACAAAAACACGUAUUUUGAACAAUCGGUGAGAGCAAUUUAUGGUUUCUGAUGCACUUUGCAUUCUGUUGAAAACAACCAAACAAAUGAGUGUUUUUAAAGAGGGAUCAGAGUACAAGCUUAUUUUGCAGUCAAUUCUAAUCCCAUUAGACCCUAAGAAGAGGUCCUGUUCUGCAGACACAAUGAAUAGGAAGAUGUUUCUUUUAGAUGCAAGGCAUGGCGCCAGAGGUUUAAACUGGGACAGAGUUGAAAUAUAAAAUUAUUUGAUUUGGGAAUUAUAUUAAUAAUAUAAAGUAGUGUAGGGUGGUCAUUAAUCAAUGCAAAAACAAAUAAUUCUGCAUGGAAAAUUUUGGACUGCUCAUUAAACCUCACUCUCACACUCUAUAUUUUUUUAACACACUGAUUUAAACCACAGCACAACAACAUUAAAUACAGUAUCUGCAGACUUGCUGAAAUGUAUUCAUUUAUUUUUACUUCUCUUUGCAAGAUCUCGAGUAUAUUUUUUCAAGUUUGACUUUGUUUGUCAUGCAAAUCACUUUCCAAUUUUAAAUUUCCAGUACACUUUUAUUUAAAUACACCUGUCCUAAAAUUGGUGUCUGUCGCUUAACAUGUGCAGAUGCACGUCUGUUUAUAGGGCAAUACCAGCUGCAGGUUAUGAGUUUAAUAUUUUAUAAUAUUUUGUGAAACUAACAAGCCAUGCUGCACACUUGAAUAUAUCAAGGUGCGACCUCCUGACAACCAUUCAAGCCAUAACAGGUCAUUUGUCAUGGACAUUUUCGAUGAUAAUAGCAAUUAUUUACCCAGAAAUAGGAUUGACAUAUAAUAUGCAUUUUUGUAUGUGAAGUAGUGGAAACCAAUUUUCCUCUAGCAGUAGUUCUACAACUAUGAUAGUGAACAAAACAAAACAAAACAGGCUUUAACUGUUGAGUUCAACUUUCACUUACCAACACUUAUGGUAAUUUAUGUUUCAACUCCUGUAAUGAUUAAUAUUUCAUGUUCCUAAAAAAUGCUACAAAAGUGCACUAUAUAAAAAAAAUUGAAACAUUUUUUUAAUUUGUUUGACAUAAAGCAAAUUUUGACUAUAUGUGACUAUGUACCACUAAUAAAUAUUUUUAGCCUUUAACCUGUGUUUAUUUAACAUUGCAUUUCUAUCUGACAUAAAAAACGAUAGAACACAAAGCACUAUUAGCUCAAAUUUAACGUAUGGGAAGUGACAUAUUUCUAGGUGAAGGCCAUUCGCCCAAAUCCAGUCGACAUUUCCGCCCUAACCGUCAAUAGCCUUUUUGACCAUUUACGGCUACAGUAGCUCGACGCUCUGGCGCGCAGUGUCGAGACGGAUGGAGAUUUGUUCUUCCGUUAAGAAAGUGUUUAUUGUUUCCGCUCUUUUUGUUUUGAAUCCGUAUGAAUAUGGCUUUUAACUACCAGGCGUCGACUCUUUCCAUGACUUUGCCCAUUUCUUGUCAAAUAUGUCUGGGGAAGGUCAGGCAGCCGGUCAUUUGUGCAAACCACCACGUGUUCUGUUCGUCCUGCAUGGAAAUGUGGUUAAAGAAAGCGAGUCAGUGUCCGACCUGCAGAGUCCCCAUCACAGCAGAGAAUCCCUGCAGAGAAAUCAUAGGCGGUACAAAUGAAAGUGAUCAUGUUGACACCCCCUCUGUGAGAAAAUGUCUAAGAAAAUCCAGAGGAGAGCUGCUUUUACGGGAGUAUGAGGCUGAAAUUGACACACUCAUCAGAGAAAACGAGGAGCUGAAAACAAAAAAUCAAUGUCUGGAAGAACAAUUGAAGACGGCGUUGGAUCCUUGCACUGUAAUCAGCAUGCAUACGGAUGAUAAAAGAGUCGAUUCCCAAAUUCUGGAAGAAUGGAAAAAUAAACUACGGACUGCCACAGAUGUUUGUGAUAAAAUAAAGCAGGAUAUGGAUAAACUGAAGGAGGCAAAUAAGACAUUACGAUCCCAAAACUUGGACCUCGUGCAGGAAAACAUGCGACUAAAAGCAGAAGUGGCCAGUAGAUCACCACAAAAGUUUGGACGUUAUACGGUGGCAGCACUGGAGGCUAAAAUCCAGCAUUAUGAGCGCGAUGUGGACCACUUGAAGAGAGCUCUGGAGCGCAGUGACCAGUACAUCGAAGACAUGGAGUCUCGGAUCAGAAAGUCGGAAAAGAAUUGUUCUGAAGUGCAGGAAGCCAGUGGGAGUAGCAAUGUGGGUUCAGGCAGUCUCACACAGCAUCAGAAAAUCAGCAUGAUGAUAAGAAGUUUGAGUGACAAUGAAAGGGCGUCCAUCUGCAGCAAUCCAGAGACAGAAUGUCGAACAUUUUCCAGAAACCAUAGCUUAGUGUUCAUGCCAUCUGCAGAUCACAGGGAGUUCAGUAAAAAUCCCACAGUUGAAAGGAAAAGUGAAAACCUGGAGACUGCUUCUCCUGACAUUUUGCCCACCACUCCGUCCACUGCUUUCCGUUCACUGACUUUGAGAAGCCCUGGGAUCCGUGAGAAAAAAGUGGCAUUUAAACCUGCGUCUUAUUUGAGAAGACUUGAUUUUGAAGAUUUCCCUAGCCCUGACAAGGCUACCAGCAACACGGAAAAUCAGUUCAUCAGUCUUGACAAAUUCCCCAAAGCCUCAGCUUCAGAUGUUGAUGCUGAUGUUGAGCCCAACGAAUCUGUUCUCUGGGUCGGUUGGGAGAGAUCAAACCCUAAUGAGCAACCGUGCACGAGCACAGACAGCUCAGUGAAAGCCUCGACAUCCAUUCUAGUAGGUAAUGUGUCUGACACUUUCCAGAUGUCCAGUGAAGCUUCCAUGGAUGCAGCUUAUCUGGAUAAAAUAUCAGAGUUGGACUCCAUGAUGCUGGAUGGAGAGAGUUCUAGUAGCAGGGGAUCCCAGCUCUCACUAAACUCCUCUCCUCCAACAGACAUGGACAACACUCUGGUACCAGAACCUCAGCGCUCAGAUCACUCACCACACAUUGAAGCAGGCAGCGCCCUCAGUGACAAGGUGGCUCCGAAAGAUGACGAUGAUGAUGUUUUUGUAGGCCUGGUGUCAGGUAGGGACGCCCUAGUUGGUGUUUCUGGUUGUACAAAGAGCAGAGUUCCCUCCCAGACUGAAGAACUGUCUUUUGAUUUGCUGUUUGAUACGCCAGAAGAGAACCAGGCUGGUCCCUCAGACUCGCUGGGUCCAGUGAGCAAAGACGUAAACCAUGAUCCUGUAAACACCUCAUCUUCGUCCUCCAUCGCCAUUUGCAAUGGGAAACCUGCAAACACAGCACCAGACAGACACACACUCAUCAGCCAGGCGGCAAAGAGAAAGUCUCACAGUCCUUUUAGCACCAGUAGCCCCACCAAACAUUCAAAGCUCAUGUGAAAGGUUUCCAAAUACGUGUUUGUUGCACAUGCUUCACAUUAAACAGAAAUUAUAACAGUCGAACCUGAGUUGUUUGGUGACAAAUAAUAAAAAGAAAAAUUAGAUAUUCAAUGUCUGUUUUUGUAAGCUGUCUUCUGGAUGUGUCAUCCAUUUGUAGGUCUGAGAAGGUUUGACAGUAGUUUGUUUUGUUUUUUUUGUAGUAUGUUGUUUUAAGCGCAAAGACAUCUACUAAACCUGUAUGUCUCCAACUUUGAAAAUAACACUGAUAAUGUCUGAAUAACAUAGAGACGCUAGAGGCGGAUUGAGGAAAACAACACGUUGAAUCAAACAGCGCUCUGUAUCAGUGUAAUUGCAAAUAAACUAAUGCAAAGAAACUGA